ACCAUGAAGCUGGUGGCAGUCCUCAUGCUGACUGCCCUCCCCCUUUACUGUUAUGCGGGUUCCGGCUGCGAUCUCUUGGAUGAUGUGGUGACUAUGACCACUGAUCCUGAUGUGGACGUGACUGAACUCAUCAAUAGGGUCAAAGCAUUGUUACCAGGCGAAGAAACCGAAAAGGCCGUCACAUCCAUGAAGGAAUGCUUUCUCCAUCAGAGCAGAGACACUCUGGAGAAGGUUAAAGAGUUGGAGGAAACACUAGCCAGUAGCUUUUGGUGUGCUCAGUACUAACUUCCACACGACCUCAGAGAUUGUCCACAAACCGAC